CAAAGAGUCCAUUCAGAAGAAACCUUUAGGCAAGUUGGAGGACAGCAUAGUGUUGAAAAGGCACAGGUGCUAACCCUAAGAAUGACAGACCAAGGCGUGCUAGAGCUAGCUGCGUUGGGUCGUCCCAUGCAGCUCGGCAUGCUAUAUGACUGCCGCACAGACCGUCUCAUUCCGGGCAUGACUCUCUGGGACCAACACGUUUUACAAAAAGAUCGUGACGAACAGCCCCAGCCCAGUACAGAGUUUGACAUCAUGUUAUCCGACAGAGUGGACGACAAGGCAUCCUCCCUUAACAUCGAUGCGUCACUGAAGGCCAGCUUCCUGGGAGGUCUAGUAGAUGUUCAAGGAUCUGCCAACUUCCUCUACGACAAUAAACCUUCGCAUAAACAGGCUCGACUGACAUUGCAUUACAAAACAACCACAAAGUUUGAGCAGUUGACCAUGAAGCAUCUGGGUGUGCACAAUGUUCAGCACCCAGACGUCUUUGACCAAGGUACAGCUACUCAUGUAGUAACAGGGAUCCUGUAUGGGGCGCAGGCUUUUUUCGUAUUUGAUAGGGACUGUGAGAGUGAGGAAAACAUCGAGGAUGUUCAGGGCCAAAUGUAUGGCAUGGUAAAACGGUUGGCUUCAUUAGAAAUUGAUGGAGAGGGAUCGCUUAAAACAAGUGAGCGAGAGGCGAUUGAUGAGAUGCGUUGUAGAUUUCAUGGCGACUUUAUCAUAGAAAAUAACGCGUCAAGUUACGAAGAAGCUGUGCGCAUAUAUAAAAACUUGCCUUCAAUGAUUGGCAAUGACGGAGAAAAUGCCGUUCAGGUGCGUGUUUGGCUCUAUCCCUUGGCUAAAUUGGAUAAAAAAGCAGCUAAGUUGGCUCAUCAAAUCAGCAUUAACUUUAUCAGCCAAUGUCAGGGGAUCUUGGAGGGACUUGGGGACCUUGAAGUUAAAUGCAACGACUUGAUCAGAACACAAGUCUGCAUAGAUUUCCCGCAGUUUCAAGAGAAAUUCGCCGCGCUUAAAAAACGGAUACUUGAGUAUAAAUUGUCUUUAGAGGAAUAUCUGGCACGAGCAUUGCCAGCAAUCAGAGGGGGUAGUAUUGAGGAGCAAGCGUUAGCUGAUUUCCUCGGCGAUUCAGUACAGUCACCGUUCGGUUUGGAACAACUCAAUAGCUGGAUCGUUAGCAGAGAGAAAGAGAUGAAUGUCGUCGAGGCUUACAUGAAUAACCUCUUUGCCGGGAUUCCAAUCAUCAAGACGCGGGCGGAUUUAGAAAAGCUCGUCUUAGAUCCUUUGAUGCAGAAUGUCGUCUGCUUUACGUUCCCCCUCCAACGCCAGGAGAGCUACCUGGAGGUCUUGUCUCAGUAUCUCAAAUCUCCUAAUGUGUCAGCACCUGCUCAAGACAAUCACUCAUGUUGUUUUUUCGACAAAUCGGCUUCAGUGAAGAUGAGAUUGGGCGCAAGAAAUUUUGCAGAGUUUUACCACGCAACUACGGAUGCUGGUAGCUACGAAACUGCUUAUGCAGUCACAGGUGUCGGUGAUGAGGGAAGUUCAUGGGCUCCAAUUAUGUUGUACGAGGAGGGUAAUCUAACGCCGAAGGUUUUCGAACCACCAAGCAAACCUGGCAAACCGUUAGUAAAGAGCAAGACACAUGAAGAAAUCUGUCUGGAAUGGCUGCCACCUAAAAUGGGCAUUUCGGAGGUGCAACACUACAAUGUACAGUACCGAAAAUCGGAGCCAGGCUCGCAAUGGCAGAAAUCAUGUACAAAAAAGGCUGAUGAAGAACUUACCAUCCAAAACUUACAGCCGUUGACAUCCUACCAAUUCCAGGUCGUUGCAGUUUGUCCAGUUGGUGUAAGUCAGGCAGGUGAGAUCAGUGAUCCAUGCACAACACUGCCUGUUGGUCCUCCGGCAAAGGUAAGGAAGCAUGCAGUAUCUCACACCUGCGUUACCAUCGCGUGGGAGCCCCCAGCCGUCCGGGCUAAAGACGUACAAAUUGAGCGUUACUCGGUGAAAUACAAUCAAGUUAAAGGAGGUUCAAUCGCUAAACCUCAUCAAGAAGUUGCAAAGUCUACAAGUGGUGACUCGUGUCUAGUUACAAUUGACGACCUCAAAACUAACGAAUCUUACAGAAUUUGGGUGUCUGCUGAGUGUGGUAGUGCUGGAAAUGGUACAGAAAGUGAACCGCUUGAAAUUGCUACCGAUCAAGUUCACCGGCCUGUAAGAUACACCAGGAAAAUUGCUGAAAAUGCUGAAAUACUCACAAAGGGAUGCGAGUCUACUGGGACACCGACUAUUUUGAAGGUUCCAUUGAAUCGACAGUCCGUUUCCGCUGGCAGAAAGUACCGUAGCUAUAGCUUUGGUAAGAGAUUUGGUAUGGCUCAGCAGCACAAAGUGAUCAUGGUCGUUGGUGCCACAGGCGCAGGUAAGAGUACACUGAUUAAUGGGAUGAUCAACUAUAUCCUUAAAGUACAGUGGGAUGACGGGUUUCGAUUCAAGAUCAUUGACCAACAAGGAGAGGGAGCACAGUCACAGGCGCAUAGUCAAACUCAAAACAUAUCUUCCUACACUAUUUAUGGAAACAAACACCACAACAUUCCUUACACGUUGACGAUCAUUGAUACGCCAGGGUUUGGAGAUACAAGAGGUAUUGAGCGUGACAUAGCCAUCGUUGAUCAGAUACGCAAUUUCUUCUCUCAUUCCGAGGCUCACAAAGUGGAUCAUAUAGACGCUAUAGGCUUUGUUGCUCAGUCUUCGCUGGCACGCCUCACCCACACACAGCGGUAUGUGUUUGACUCCAUCCUUUCCGUUUUCGGUAAAGACAUCUCCCCAAACAUACUUCUCCUGGUCACUUUCUGUGAUGGGCAAAAGCCUCCAGUUAUCGAUGCAAUUAAAGAAGCAGAUAUUCCUUGCAGUGACAGCAUGUUCAAGUUCAACAACUCGGCUCUUUUUGCUAGCAAUGAGGACCAAAAACAGGGAGGGAGGGCUUGUAGAGAUACGGACGACGAAGACAAUUUCGACAAGAUGUUUUGGCGAAUGGGGAUGAGGAGCAUGUGCAACUUCUUCUGUGCUCUCAAUAGCUUGGAAUCUAGGAGCCUGUCACUUACAAAAGAAGUUCUGCAGGAGCGGAAGCGACUGGAGACCGCUGUAGAAGGUUUGCAACCCCAAAUUCAGAUGGGUGUUUGUAAACUGGAAGAAUUACGCAAUGAGCAGCAAAUACUCGAGCAGCACGAAACAGAAAUACAAGCAAACAAGUCAUUCGAAUAUGAGGUUGAAGUUCCGAAAAGCAGAAUGGUUAAAAUAUCAGAUUAUAUCACAAACUGCUCCAAAUGUCACUUCAGCUGCCACCAUCCCUGUGGUAUUGCAAAUGACAGUGACAAGAGUGGGUGUUGGGCAAUGGAGAGUAAUGGUCAGUGCAGAAUAUGUCCGGGCAAGUGCAUUUGGAACGUGCACUUUAAUCAGGCCUACAAGUUUGAAUACUACAGUGAGAAUGAGAAGCGGACGUAUGCCGAACUCGAAGAACGAUACAAAGACGCUACAGGGAAGAAGCUUACUGUAGAGCAGGUCAUCAAAAAACACUUUGAAGAAUUCCUCAGUGUCCAGAAAUGUGUAUUUGUUCUAAUAACUGAUUCUCACCAGAGUCUGAAGCGUCUGGAAGAGAUUGCUUUGAAGCCGAACCCGCUGAGCACAGUGGAGUAUGUGGACUUGUUGAUUGAGUCCGAAAGGACAGAGGCCAAGCCAGGUUGGAAAUCUAGAGUAAAGGCACUCCAGGAUGUCCGCAAACAAGCAGAUAUUUUGACCAAAGUCAAGAAGGCAAACUAUGAUCCCUUCGAAAACUACAAGAAGGAACUAUCCGGCAAAAAAGGAAAUACAUACUGGUAUCAGUUUUGGAAAUAGACCCUACCUUUCCGAUAACAAGCAUAUACGUUUUCGCAAACGUAUUAUUAUCUCGGGUAUUGUACACAAAUUAAUAAAUGUGCCUAAAUUGAAUCUGAUUUUUUACCUGAUUUGCGUUUGUUUGCUGAGUGGCAAUGUUUCACAUCGUUACCCCUGAUGCUUCAACGGGCCGACUGGUCUCGAAGCGGCAAUAGUUCAUGUCAAGAGCUGGGGUUAAAUUACUGUAACGGGUACAUGAGCUGAAUCGUCGAGGGAUCUUCUUGAUAGCAGAAUUGUGACCUCCCGCUAAAUUGUGUCGCAGCCCUCUGUUAAGUGAAAGCUCUUCUCUCUUCAAAUCAAUGCCUCUUUGGCACCCUUCAACCACCUAAUUCAAGGACUUGUUGGUACGGCUGAGAUGAACUCCAGGCCUUCUG